AGCCAGUUCGUCAAAUUCCUCCAAUCCGCUAUAGGUUUUCUCCGUUCCAAAAAUCGGAGAAUUGUUAAAAAAAUAAAAUUUGGUGGGCUCGGAAAAAUGGGGAAUACGUACGCGCACUACGUUUCUCACCCGGACACGACACCGGGGAUCGAUAUAGAACCGAGUUUUGAUCCUCAGAUUGGUUUUGCGAAUGGGAGAAAACCCAGAGUUAUGGUGGCGACUGAGGAGGAAAUGCAAUCCGCUCGUCUUCCCCAAGACCGUCGAGACUACUGUGCUCACAUAUUGAUCGAUUAUCAAGCCUGUCGAAAGGAUGUCUGGCCUUGGGCUGUGAAAUGUGCUCACAAAAAUCACGAGUAUUUAAACUGCGAAUACGAAGAUUACAUCAUCAGAAUGAAGGAAUACGAACGUGAACGCAGACUUCUUGAGAGACAAAAAAGAAAGAAGCAGGCAGAAGCAGCCUAGGAUGAAUUAUAGUUGAUCAUGAAUUGAAUCACAAAUAUUUCUGUAAGCGCAGUAGCGAGUAAUAUAUAUAAAUACGGUGUUCCGUUUCUUUAUACAUAAACGCAUCGUCGUCGAUCACGUCGUGUACAUACAAUAAAAAACUAAAAUUGAAAAAAAAAAACAAUCUGUGAUUCCUUUUACAAUACGUUAUGUAAACAAAUUUCCUUUGUUCAAGUCGAUCUUUUAUUCUACAAGUACCUUGUUUCCAUAAUAUUUUCGUCAAACUGACUUUGUAAUUUAUUGCUAAACUAUUGUAAGUCGUCGCUUGUACGAAUAAUGCGCUGUCUGCCAGUGACCCUUAAAUCACUUUUUCACGGGCUCUUUGUCAAAAAUCCACGACAGCACAUUUUUGCCUGGCUAAAAUGUAAGCAGCACAAAAACAACUUUCAAAAUAUAUUUUAAACGGCUCCGA